AUGCAUGGCGGAUCGCAAAACUACAAUCUUCGACUCGAAACCGGCCAUCAGCGUGGCUACGAGCCGUAUACAAGAGGAAUGGAAGACCAGAGCUCAUUUACUCCCCUCAUGUCACCAGCUAUGACUCCAUUGGAGCAUCAACUAAGGUUCCCUGAAUAUACAACUCCAGGGGAAUAUCUCAGCCCGCUUACAUCUCCGGCCCUCGAGGCGCGGCAAUCUAAUGGCGCAGGCUUCAACUUCCCCAACAAUUCGCAUAUGGACUACGGCAUGCUAUCAUCACCGACUGACCUAGCGCACCAACACCAUGCAACCUCGGGUCCUCUAACAAAUUCGCCAAAACUUAUCCAGAAACAGCGUCGCAAAUCGCAGGCUUCCAGGCUAUCACGGCAAUCACCCUUGGUCAGGCCACUAAACGGCCGUCCACGACCGCAGACCGAAGCCGAAGCUCGAGCGCGAACGAAAAAGCUCUCUGCUCAAGCAGCUGCCAACAGAACAUCAAAUUCGCGCAAUUCAAGCAGCAAUGAAGGGUCAGGUUUAGAUUCCGUUUCGCCGGAGCCACUUACGGAGCCAUUGAUGCCACCACCCGCAUUACCACGAUCCGGAAAAUCGCCGUACAUGGGCGCGCAAGAUCCCAACCAAAACUCCGCAAUGAACGAAGUAGCCACUCCCGCGACCCUAAUGAAAUUACAAAAACAGCAAAUUUCGCCUAGUGUCGAAGGAGAAUUCUCUAGGAAUGGCACUGUGGUUAUUGGAUCGGCUCCCGACGAACACAUGGAGGAUAUAUCGCUUCCCGAGCCAGCCUCGUUCCACGGCUUGCCAAGCGGUGAGAGCACGCCAACACUACACUCCAAACCGCCCCAGAUUUUAAAACCUCGCACCGGAUCGAUAUCCGAAUUAAGAGGAACGAGCUCUGUUACACCAAGCCCAAUAAUAAGAGCGAUAGGGUCGCCUAGUGGCCCAGUCGGUCUUAAACGAUCAGACUCGAAGCAAAGUUCUAGAGUGACGAAGAAGCGCCAGAGCGCUGCCCAGAGUCCAGCAUUGCGACCGAAAAUAAGUCCAAGCAUACAACCUCUCAUUCGCGCUGAUGGCAUGGUAUCAUCCCAAAGCUCAGCUCUACACCUUGCCUCGAAAUCAAAUUACCAACAUAUCCUCGAAGGAACCCUCCUACCAGGAGUCACAUACCCAGAAGCUCUUGCCGAAAACCUAAGCUCGAAACGAACAAAUCAUAAGCUUGCCGAACAAGGACGACGAAAUCGCAUAAAUUCCGCCCUCAAGGAGAUAGAAAGCCUACUCCCGGCUUCGUUAACACAUAGAGCCAAAGAGAAAGAACAGAAUAAGGACUCUGGCGAAGGUGGUUCAUCUGGAAACUCGAAAUCAUCGGAUAAGCCUCCGGCGAACCAGCCGAUCAGCAAAGCAAGCACCGUUGAAAUGGCCAUCGUCUAUAUCAAAGCACUACAACAAGAGCUGGCAGAGACACAGAACAAACUCAAGAUUGCAGAAUCGAAUAAUUGCAAUAAGUCGUCUGUCCAGGCUGCUCCCGCUCCCUCUCCCGCUUCCGGCCCCGAAUCAAAUCCUACGAAAACGUCUGGGCCUCAAAUCUCUAGACAGGACGCAAUAAGCAAUAAUAGCCCGACUCCGAACACAACUGCGGCUUCAACCGAAACCGCCUCAGAAUCGAAAUAG